AUGAGCUCCUCAAUUCCUCCAGAACCAAAUCUUCCUUCCCGCUCACUGCCUUCUGAAAAUUCCGCAACGCAAGUGGAAGACUUUGCACAGUCCUCUCCAAACCCUCAAGCUCCACGUCUGCCUUCGUUGCGCAAUGCGAGUGAUACCCGGUCAGCCGCCAAUAUGACCGCCUCCUCCACCCCUCUGGGAACUCUCAACGCCGCUCGAAGGCCCACCCUUCCCCAGAGUGCCCUAGGUUCCUCUCGUGGUAGUCAGCUUCCUCAAGACAUGCAGGCGAAGAUGAAGGCCUUCCAUUUGUCAAGACAGGGCGCGCCUCCGCCCGUGAAUCCACGCAUGCCACCAAACGUCGGAGCUCAGUCCGUCUCUACGACCCAAAUACCAACAUCUGCCGGACCCAUUCCAAGUGGGUCAAUGGGCGGAAAUAUGGCACCUUCUGGUAUCGCAAGUCCCAGUGGGCCACUCAUCGGUGCACCUGGGGGGCAUAGACUUCCCCCUGGUCGACCACAAGCGCCCAACUUCAACUCGGCGCCCGCUGUUCCUGGCCUGAAAACGAAUCCUAAAAUGGGUGGCUUGGCAGCAAAACGAGGUCUCAACAAAGGGAUGAAAUUAUCUGAUGCCUCGGGACCGCAACUGCCUUUAGGGGGACCUGCCGGCACGGCGCCUGCCUCGGAUGCCGCCACGGGAAAAUGCCAAGGCCCGGGUCAAGGCUCUGGUGGUGACUCGCUAUUUAGCAAGUACUCGGAAUAUGUGGACACCAAAACUGGGACUCUGAAAUUCAAGGGCAAAGCUACAAUACAUGGCAAAGGUAUUGACUUUUCAAGCGGCACGAGCUUCAACAUCUCGCUGGACGAGGUCGACAACUUGGAAGAGCUAGGGAAAGGAAAUUAUGGGACCGUCUACAGAGUACGCCACAGCCGACCUCAGCUGCGCCGUCCAGGCCAAGGUCUAAGUGGCAAUCGACCUCUGCCGUCGAUGGCAGCGAGUUCGAUGAUCGCAAACAAGCAUGACGAUACGUCCAAUGGGAACUUGUCCAAAUCGGCGACUCCUGGCAAUACGACAGGUAUCGUGAUGGCUAUGAAGGAGAUUCGGUUGGAGCUAGACGAGGCCAAGUUUGCCGCCAUUAUCAUGGAAUUAGAUAUACUGCAUCGAUGCAUAUCGCCAUUUAUUGUGGAUUUCUACGGGGCCUUCUUCCAAGAAGGCGCUGUCUAUAUAUGUAUGGAAUACAUGGACGGCGGAUCGAUUGAUAAGCUGUACGGAGACGGUGUGCCAGAAGGCGUUCUUCGGAAGAUUACAAUGUCUACGGUCAUGGGUCUCAAGUCGUUGAAGGAAGACCACAAUAUCAUCCACCGCGAUGUGAAACCAACUAAUAUUCUAGUCAAUACCAGGGGCCAAGUCAAGAUCUGUGACUUCGGCGUUAGUGGAAACCUGGUUGCGAGCAUUGCAAAGACAAACAUUGGCUGUCAAAGCUAUAUGGCGCCCGAACGAAUUUCAGGCGGAGGUGUCGCGCAAGCUGGCGCGAAUCCAGGCGGGGGGACUUACAGUGUACAAAGCGAUAUUUGGAGUCUUGGUUUGACCAUCAUCGAAUGCGCGUUGGGACAGUAUCCAUACCCACCUGAGACAUAUGACAAUAUUUUCAGUCAAUUGAGUGCUAUUGUGGAUGGCGAGCCGCCCGACCUGCCAACUGAUAAAUUCUCGGAAGCCGCCAGGGACUUCGUCAGGAGAACACUAAACAAGAUACCCAAACUCCGUCCGAAUUAUGCAACUCUUUUGCAGCAUCCUUGGUUAGCACCCCUUCUGAAACCACCAACUAUCUCGGAGGAAGAUGAAGACCUUGUGGAUGAGGAGGUCGCUCAGGAGGCCGUGGCCCCGGGCGCUUUCGACAGGGAGGUCGCGCAAUGGGUUUCAAGUGCUAUGGAGCGGAAACGAAACGGAACGAUGGGCAAGAAAGCUAAACCGGCUCUCCAUGCUGCGCCGUUGGAUGCUGUCCCGAGCCCGUUACCCGAUGCCACAUAUGACUGA